AUGGCUCUGUUCUCGAUGCUUCGCAGGCCGACCUACUCCGCACUGGCUCUCGCCGCACGCGCUGUCGGAUCAGCAAGGACCUUUCACCGCACAAUCUCCACCGUCCCUACUUUCAGCGGUGAUCACAGCCCGAGAAGCUCUUUUCCAACUCAGCGAUUCUCUACGGCCACCGCCACCGCCACCGCCACGGAACUGAUCGGCAAUGAAAGCCUGAUCGGAGGCCUGGAGUCUGAGAUCAAGUGUACCCAAGAGCGUAAAAUCAAAAUUCCCGAGGUCCCAGAUGAGUUUCCUUUUGAAAUAAUAGACUUUCCUGGAGAAAAAACCAUUCUACUGAAAAGACAAUUCCAAGGCGAAACCAUCCAAGUGGGUGUUGAUGCUCCUCAUGUUUUUCCUGCGGACGAAGACAGCGACGAGUACGAGAAUGACGACCCUGGCAUUCCAAUGGUUGUUUCGAUUGAUAGCUUGUCGAUCGUCCAUCCCGAUCAUUCUCCAGAACAAUUUCCGUAUGAUGGGCCUGAAUUUCAUGAGUUGGAUGAGGGCUUGCAGAAUGCUUUUUACAAGUAUCUCGAGGCUCGAGGGAUCCAGUGCAGCAUGACUAUCUUCUUGACUGAUUACAUGAGGAAGAAAGACAACAAAGAGUACCUGCUUUGGUUGAAGAACCUCAAGGGUUAUAUUGAGCAGUGA